GCAGUGACGUCACGAGGGAAGCGCCGCGAUGGCGGCGCCGAAGGUGAAGCAGGACAUGGCCCCGCCGGGCGGGUACGGCCCCAUCGACUACAAGCGGCACCUCCCGCGCAGGGGCCUCUCAGGGUACAGCCUGUUCGCCAUCGGCGUCGGGAGCCUCUUGCUGGGCUAUUACACCCUCAUCAAGUGGAACCGCGAGCGCAGGCGGCUGCUGAUCGAGGAGCUGGAGGCUCGGAUCGCGCUGAUGCCGCUGCUGCAGGCGGAGUCUGACCGCAGAACCCUCCGGCUGCUGCGGCAGAACCUGGACGAGGAGGCCAAAAUCAUGAGGGAGGUUCCCGGCUGGAAGGUGGGCGAGUCGGUGUUCCACACGGAUCGCUGGGUGCCCCCGACGGUGGACGAGCUCUAUUACCUGCGGCCCUCGGCCGAGAUGGACAACGAGAAGUUCGGGCUGCAGUUCUAUGUCUGAGAGCCGCCCCUUCCCGGGCUCCUCCUUCCCUUGUUCCAACAUUUCACGGGUCGUUUUCCCCAUCCCGGCCCUUCCCGGGCUCCUCCUUCCCUUGUUCCAGCGUUUCCUGGGUUGUUUUUGCCCAUCCCGGCACUUCCCGGGCUCCGGGUGCCGCCUGUUCUUAAACCUGUUAUUAAACCACGUGGAUCCCGU